AUGGCGGAACCUCAACAGGACAGGAGGGAGAAGCCUACAAGUGAGAGAAGGUCUCCUCAUAAAGGGACUCUUCUAUCGGCAGAACUCUUGCUACAGAAGUGGAAGCACAAAGCCCUCAGCCUUCAAAGCCUAUUGAAAUCUGGCAGAGAACUAAAUGCUGAGAUGCUGCUGUUUCUCAAUUCUUUCUCAGAUGAAUAUAAACAAGAAGGUUCAAAACCACAGUUGCCAGCUGAUGAUCCAGAUAAUGCCAAAUCUGAUGACAACUGCCCAGAGCUGGUGCUUAAAGUCAGAAUUCAGAGCCACAAAGAAAAUGACUUCAUUGAAGUUGAACUGGACAGACAAAAGUUGAGUUACCAAAAUCUACUAAAAGUGAGCUGCUGUGAACUGGGGAUUAACCCAGAGCAAGUAGAGAAGAUCAGAAAGCUACCAAACACACUGCUCAGAAAGGACAAAGACAUUCUAAGACUACGGGACUCUCAGGAAGUAGAACUCAUUUUAAGGAAAAAUGGAAGCUCUGAACCAAUAGAAUACACACCAUCCCUUAUAGAGAAGCCCUGCUGCAACAGCAAUGCUGCAAAACUGACAUACUAAGAAACCUGAGAAAUAAAAACUGGAAU